AUGCCCAAAAAGAGAUCUAGUAGCGCAGCCAACAUCACCAAUGAGGAUGAGAAGAGCCAACGCAAACGCGUCCAGAACCGCAUUUCGCAACGGUGCUCCCGCGAGAAGAAGCUGACCCAGAAUCGCAAUAUAGCCAACUUUAUAGAGCUGGUCAAAAAAGCCCAAACAGGCAGUCAUGAGAACAAUAAGGUUCUUGUAAAUGCUUAUGCAGAAUUAAUGCAAGAGAAUGACCAAUUGAACGAGGCGCUCCUUCGUAUGCGCAAGAAGCUUCUGAGCAUUAGCAACAGUUCAGAGGCGGCAGCGAAUGACCCUAUCUUCGAAAAACUCCUAGAGCCUAAAGGCAACCAGCGCCAUGAUUUGGGUUUAUCAAACUACGCCGGCCAUGAUUCGUUACUAGAGGGCGAUGAUAUAGAGAGGGAGAACAGGGUAGGAGAUCCUUUCGGCGCAUUCUCGCGGGAGAUCGAUUACGAUUUCCUGGAUCACUUCGUGAUGCCUACCCCUUGUGAUUUUCCGGAUGGUCCAGCUCGAAAUGUGUCAUUUUUCAGGACUCUCAGUCCGAGCCCACCAACCUUCGCAGCUCCUAAUUCACUCAUUGGUUCUUUUGGGAGACUAUCGUACGUACGAAUGAUGGAUGCACUCGAGAAGGCCUGCAUGAUCUAUUUGUGCGAAGAGUUAGAUGUCCAACACGAUUCUACCAAGCUACAUGAACCAGCGACAUUGUUAGACCUGAAGCUUAGGUGCAUGAACAUUGCGAGCAGCAAGAUGGUACAUGAUCUAGCUGCUGUGGCCGUAGGUGUUGCGGUGAGGUACAGCGGAGUCGGCGAUUAUCUUCAGGGAGUAGGUGCUAUUUCUACACUAGAAGCCAUUAUACAGUGGCGCCUGGCACCCACUGAAGACAAUAUCGCACAGAUACCGGAGCCGUUUCGACCAACUCCACUACAACGGAAUCCUACUCACUCCGCCGUCAUUGACAUGCUGAACUGGCCUCAUUUACGGGAUCGUUUUAUUAUGCUCGCGAAAAAAGACCGAACUCUCAACAUCGACCAAGCUGUUCGUGAUAUUUUGUUUCACACUGUCUUCGAAGUUCCCCAUCUCAACCUGUCCUUUAGCACUCUGGAUGCUUACUAUAACACCAUAGGCCAUAAGCAGGGCUUCCCGCCUCUUUCACAACACGAGAUCCGGCGAAAAUUCGAAGGAGAGUCCCCUAUAAUUUCCCAGAUGGGUUGCAACUAUACAGCGCAAUAUUGGUUCGAAAUUGUGCGCGAAAUGUCUAAAAGAAUGCAUGGCUCGAAUAUGCAAAAUACGCCAAAACCACAGCCUGCUGAGAAUCAUUUCGCACAUAGAUUGGGAGUCACGCGACUCUCUGGAUGGAAGUUGAGUCGGAAGUGGUGGGAAGACCAUUCAUAUCUCGUUACACAACAGGAACUCAGCACAAAGUAUCCUACAGCUGCAGCGAGUGACGUAUAG